CGGCUUUUGUCGGUGGGACGCUGGAUUUCGUCGUCAGCAGCUGGUCGCCUCGCGAGCCUAGCCGAUCCGGGGUGCCUGUGAAUUCGCGUCGCCUGCGCCGAUCGGCCGUGCUGUGCGUGUGUGUGUGGUGAGGUGUGCGUGCAAGUGCGCGACCGCGAGCCCGAGCCUCGCGCACCGUCCGUCCGUUAUUCCUGUGCGACACCUCGCGCUUUCCCGACGCCGGAUUGUGCGUGCGCGCGCGUGCGACAUUUCCGCGCGCUCGUCCCCGAAAUCAAGCAGCGGCAGCAUUCGUGAACGCGCAGCAGUAUUUCCGAAGCCAUGUCGGCCGUUGCACUGUCGCCCGACGCUCCGGCAAUCCGGCUGUGCCAUGUCGUCAAGUGGCCCGACUACGAGGGCUUCGGCUUCAACCUGCACAGCGAGAAGUCCAAGCCCGGCCAGUACUUGGGCAAGAUCGACGAAGGAAGCCCCGCGCAGCUGGCCGGCUUGCGCGAAGGGGACCGCAUCGUCGAGGUGAACGGCAUCAACAUCUCCAACGAGAACCACAAACAGGUGGUCGAGCGGAUCAAGGCAGUGCCCAACGAAACCAAGCUGCUCGUGGUCGACCCUCUGGCGGACGCUUGGUACAAGGAGCACAAGAUCAUCGUCAAGAACAGUCUGCCGACGGUCAAGCAAUGCCGCAACCCCGUGCCCAGGCCCGGAAAGAGGAACAGCGGCGCCUCGGUGGGUUCCUCCUCCUCGUCCUCGGACCACCCUCGGCGGGGGUCAUCCUCCUCUCCCCCGGCCGCCCCCGCCAAGGUUCCCUCCCUGCCGGCGGGAGCCCCGGCCGCCCGUCUCUGCCACCUGGUGCGGCGGCCGGACUUCGACGGCUACGGCUUCAACCUGCACGCCGACAAGCAGCGCAAGCUGCAGUACGUGGGCGCCGUGGACCCCGGCAGCCCCGCCGAAGCCGCGGGCCUGCGCGCCAACGACACCAUCGUCGAGGUGAACGGCGUGAACGUGGAGGGCGCCAACCACCGGGACAUCGUGGAGCGCAUCAAGGCGGUGCCCAACGAGACCCGGCUGCUGGUGGUGGACGACGGGUCGGCCGCCUGGUACCGCGAGCACGGCGUCGCCAUCCACGGGGACCUGCCCAACGUCAUCCAGCUGAGCAGCGUCAAGGCGGCCGCCCGGCGCGCCAGCAAGCCCGCCGCCGCGGCACAGCAGCAGCAGCAGCAGGAGGCACCGCCGCCGCCGCAAGGCGAGGCCGCCGGCCACGACGGUCUCCGGCUGUGCCACCUGUCCAAGUGGCCCAACUUCGACGGCUACGGCUUCAACCUGCACGCCGACAAGAAGCGCCAGGGACACUUCAUCGGACAGGUGGACCCCGGCAGCCCCGCCGAACUGGGAGGCCUGCGAAAGAACGACCGGCUCGUCGAGGUGAACGGGCUGUCCGUGGAGGGCGAGAGCCACCGCGAGAUCAUCGAGCGCAUCAAGCAGGACCCGACGCGAGUGGACCUGCUCGUGGUGGACCGCGAGGCGGACGAGGCGUUUGCGCGACGCAAGCAGAAGCCCAGCAGCCAGUCGGAGGGCGUGGUGCGCCGACGCACGCCCGCGCAGCAACCGGGCACCGAGCAGCAGCAGCAGCAGCAACAGCAUCAGGAUGACCUGUCCAAGAGCUCGACGCCGCUGCUGACGCCCAGCCCGCAGUCCACUCCUCCGCAGGCCCCCGAGAGGGCCUCGCACGUGGCAACGGCGGCCCAACAGAGCCGCGACGAGGACGACACGUCGUCCGUCGAGGUGGUCGCGGCCUCCCCGACGCCCACGAGCGAGGAAGAAGGGGACGACCGCUCGACGCCGCGUCUCGAGACCCCCGUCUCGGACAAGGCCUCCUCGGCCGUCAACGGCGGGGGCUCCAGGAGCUCGGACCUGCGCUCCUCCACGUCCUCGAGUCCCCGGGACUCUCCGGUCUCCUUCGGCCGCGACCAGAAGGGCUCCGCGACCGAGUCGACGGCGACGACCGCCGUGAUCAAGAACACCGCCACCACGAUCACCACCGGCGCCGACCGGACCGACGGCUCGGGCUCGUACGACGUCCAGAAGGCGUACGACGUGCAGAUCAACAACUCCGAGGUGCGCCGGAUCUCGGACCUGCAGCCGCCGCCGCAGCGGGGCGGAGCCGUGCUCGUCGCGCCUCCCCAGCCCGCCGCCAGGCAAGCCGCGGCGCUCCACGUCGAGAACAACAACGGACCCAGCCAGAACGGCGCGGCGGCGCCACUGAGGAACGGCGGCUCGCUGCCCCCGCCCGGACACGACGGCCUCAACCUGACCAUGAAGGCCUCCGAGCUCCGGGAACUGCUGCGCUCCCGGAAGAAGAAGGACCCGAGGGAGACGCAGAUGGACCUCCGCCAGAAGUACAAGAUCAUCGAGCAGAUGUAGAGUGGCGCGCGCAAGGGCAGCGGGGAUUGGACGCUGUGCCGCCGUCUGUCACCUUCUUCGUGUCGAGGGAGCCCCCUGUUUGGUGACGUCAUAAGUGGCAGCCAUAUUGUUUGGCGGGUGUUCGCUGUGAGCAGCUCCGGUCUUUCGUAUUGCUUUUUUUUUUCGUCUUGUCUGUGCGCGCACCCCCGACGCUUUUGUGACAGCCUGAGAGAAAAAAAAGACGAUCGCUGUGGGGACACUUACGCCGUGUGUCGGGUGGUGUUAUUACACAACGGCAUGAGCGAGUGUUUGUCGGCGCUGGAGUGCCUCUUGUGUUCGUUGUGUAGUUGUUUUCUCCGAGCUGGUUUCUUUUGUCGCCUGUUGAGAGAGAAAAAUUUGCCCCGAGUUGAAUACCACGUGUAUACACUGCGACUGCACGAGGCCACGUAUAACGUCACGUGAUUUACGAUGUUAUAGAAGCACGUGCGGCUCAGGCUGGCGGUGCGUCACACUUACGUUAAGGGUUUGCUAGCGUGAUCUUGUAGCUACAUUGUUUUUAUAUAAUUGUAACAUCGGCUGAAAACAUUGAUAUGCUCAAUACAGGUCUGCUAAAAUUCGCCUACGUACUUUCAGUGGAUCGACCGGCAGCUGCUGUAAGAUUAGGUAAAUCGGCGUGACCUUAUGGUCGCUGCCUGUCAAAAAAGAAAAAAAAAAGGCAAGUGCCUGGGCAACUUUGCCCUUACAUGUAAAGGGACCGGCUUUGUUGUUUGUGAUUGGCCCGCAAGCGUAACAACGCUCACGUUCUUAACCCAUCGCUAAUACAGGGCGAUCUGGCUACAUCACUGCAGAAAACCUCGCACCAUUUGUUUGGUCUGACUGUAGUUGUCUGGGCACAGCGUCCGUAAUUUUUUUUUUUUUUGGUUGAACAUAUACCUUAUAGUCUACUUUUUACGUCGUUACAAUUUUUUGAACGAAGGGUCCGUGAUGAAAAUCAUUCCUAACCGUUGCCUUUUGCAAAGUCCGGGCGGACGUUUUGUUGCGCUCUUUGUAGCCGGUUCGUGUUUUCUAAACAGAGCGUGUUGCCGUUAUGCACCUCAUAGCCUGUCUCGUCAUUUCUCUUUUUCUCUUCUUCCUUUUCUUUUUUUCGAGAGUGCCUUAUACUAAUCUGUACUUCUUGUCAGCCUCGUUACUAGUACGCAAGAGGGAGACAACACAUAACAUCGUUGGCGGGCCCUGUCGCUCUCAUUUAUAUACUGGCCAGUAAAAAGAAAAAAAAAGUUGUAAUCGUGUACGCGGUCCAACCUGUGUUCUUGGCACACAUGAGAGGCGAAGUCACAGUAAAAUGAAACAAAAUAAUUAAAAAGACAUCUUGCGGGAUGGAGUUGGGUGGUGCGUUUCGGGUACAAAGACGAAGUUUCGCCGCGCGCUCUGCCCCCUUGCAAGUGUCGAAUGCUUGCACAAUCAUCGGGAAGUUGGAAGCUCGGGCUAUCUAGAUGCGUAGUUACACGGCUGGGCGACUGUAUCUGCUGUCGCGAGUUUCUGGCGACUUUGCUUCCAGUGUUGGUCGUUUCGCUUCGGGUAACGCCUUCUUUGUUUUUUGUCUACCGGAUUCCGCGCGUAGCAGCCUGACUUUAGUCCCAAGGACGCCUUCACGGAAACGGUUGACGUCGAUGCUGACGGCAGCUUACGUCUGUGUAUACAUCCUGAGAGAAUGCCGCCGCGUGUCACAUUGUUUGCUAAGCGUGUGUGCGUCAUGACAACAGCUAUCAAGCCUGACCCUUUCACUUAGCGUCUCUCUCUCUUUCUCUCGCUCUCUCAUUCCUUUUUGUUUCAUUAAUCUAAACUCGGCGUCUUAAUAAUACGCUCCGACGUUCUCUCGACUAGCCCCUGCGCGUUGCUAAUGAACUCGCUGUUCUUGCAACUGUCACUUCGACGUUUUGGGUAAUGCGCGAGUAACAGAUGUGUAAAUUCGUGCAGGUGUUCAGACAUCCUCCAUCUCGAGCAAGAUUCCGCUUUCUGUGGCGAUCUUUCCUUUUUGUGUCGUCCUCAAUGCCGUAGGGUUUCUAGCUUGGUUCAAGUGUAUUCCUGCCGAAGCUACAUGUUUCUUACUACUUUUCAUUUGAUUUUUCUUUUAGCCCUCAAAUGAUUUAUGUUGAGCCUGUCGUUGCCCUAUUGUCUCGGGGCACUGGACACCCUUGGAGUUCGCGGCUACAGAAUUGAAUGAGAAAGACCCCGGAUAAAGGCUCCUAGAAAUCUACGAUUGGUAUAGCUGUGUGGCCGAAACUUUCUUUUUUUUUUUUGAGUGGCAUCCGACCACGUAAAGCGGCCACCCGUACAAGGGUCGGUUAUGUUUACGGGGUGCAAUAGCUGCUGGGACCCGACAGACGACACCUUAAGCGGCGAGGACAGGCCCGUUUUUCGUAGGUGGCUGCUGCAACACUCGACAUGCAGAACCCAGUGUAGGUCGUGCUGCCGAAAAUUCGCCAUUUGUGGCAAGCGACAGAGAAGACAACGGACAUGAUACCCGUUGCAUAUGCGUCCUCUCAGACAAAACGUUCCUGCACCCCUGCAUGGUCAGGUUGUAGCAUCGCCAUUGUACAUCGACUGACCCGCCAUUCUAUGCGUUCGACACCGCAGUCGCCGAAAUCAAACAGAGCCAAGGGAGCAGACGACGAUAGCGAUCGUACGCCAUCUGAUGCCAUCGCGCUAUUUGAAUUCGAUCUUAACGUACCAACUCCCCGUUUUGAAGAACUGGACCGACUCCCCGUUUUAGUCCAGUAUGUCUCAUCACGGAGCUCGCACUGACUUCAGCUGUAACGUCUACGGUGUAUACCUACUCGGUUGCGCCAACCGCCGCGUUAAAGUGCAUUCAAGUGCGAGCUGGUUUUCUCUCUCUCUCUCUCUCUUUUUCCCCCAGUCUUACGCUGCAUCGCCGUUCACGUGGCUUCGGGGCAGACUGGAUGAUGCUGCUGCUGCUUCUUGUAGUUUCCUCGUGGGUUUCGGUCGGUUUUCUUUCCUUCGCCGUAUUGUUAUUGGUUUGUGGAACGAGGAAAGCGUGUGCUUUCAUCCUCCCCGCUGUGAGCGCAGCAACUCUUUUUCUGGCGGGUGCGAAUCCGAAAAAAGAAGGAAGUUUAUAACCAGGUCUCUCUGAUCAAACGUGCGAUCGGCCUUCAUGGCCUACUAAGCUUACCUUUUUCUUUUCUUCUUUCUUUCUAUUUUUUUCUUUCUCGAGCCUUUAGUACUUUCGUAAUCGUACGGGGUCCGCACGAUAGAAAUUCUGUGCCGUCUGCUUGUACUGCGCCGACCGUUUGAACGGAUGCGACCUGCAUCGGCGUCUCUACACACGCUUACUUACGCGAAGAAAACGGCGAAAACACACACACACAAAAAGACAUUCCGUGGCCUCUUGCGUUGUGUGUGCGUGAGUGUGUGUUGAACGAACGGUUUGGGAAAGCGAGACCGUGCGCUACGCGCGUCCUCGUUUAUUCUGAGGGCGCACAUCUUUUCGGGGUUUUUUUUUUUUUCAUUCCCCUGAUGCGUACAACGUGUAGACACCGUUUCCCCCAUAUCCGCGCAACGCUGGUUGAUAUAAAGGUGGAUACUUGUCGUCGAGUGGUUGCGGUCAUUCUCGUCGCUCGUCUUGGUCGCAGGCUCAUUUUAGGAGGCGUAUACGGUGACAUUAUAACUGGCUAUGCGUACGUUGAAAGGUCCUUGAAUGCUUAACCGUCGUAGGGAUAAAAGAUACCAUCUGAAUAGCCGUUAAAAGGAAACCGCUAGUGCAACGACACCACUUUGACAAUUGUUGGCGCGCGCGCAGCGUUAGCAAUUUUCAGUCGAGCUGUUGUUUCCGUUCCCUGUAGAAGUUGCUGAAGCAUUUGGUGUGACCUUUGAAUGAAGCUGUUGCCCGAGUUCCUUUUAAUCCGCAACCGCAAAGAAAGUAUUGUCGGCACGAUGUAGACCGAGGGCGCGGGCACGCCUGUUUACGGCGUUGUAACCACGCCGUUGUAGCUACCGACAUGCCUGCCACUGGGUGUACCUGCUUCAGUUUUAACCGCAACGAAAGCGCCGACGCCGAAUGUACGCUUCAUUGUGGUUGUAGCCAUCGCGCAUAGCCGUCGCUCGCAUCUGUCAAGCCAGCGUUGCCCAUUCUCGAAUCGCCGUCCAGUGCGUUGAGGUCGCUACCGAGUUAAUGCCGUGCCUUUGUGUUGAGCCUUGAUGCAAAAUAUGCGUGACUGUUUUUAAAGCGCUCGUAGAUAACAAAAAAUCACUUGUGCAGCUUUGCCUCGUAACAUCUACUCUCUCUCUCUCUCUCUCUCUCUCUCUUUGUGUGUACUUGUAGCGUUGUGUUCCAACGUUUGCAUUCAGUAUGUGUUACGCUGUUCGGGGCUUGUGCAACUCAUGAUCAACAUACGGGAAAACGUUGUCUGAAUCAAACAAAUGUCUUAUGGAACAGCGCCCAUAAGGCAGUAUAUGCCGUGCCAGCGGUGGGCAGUUGAUGCCAUAGUUAUCUCGUCGUUUCUUUUUUUUUUAUGUUUAGUGCUAGGGACGUCAUCCGUUACUUACUGCCAUGGCGUCGAGCUAUCGCCUCUCGCUCUUUCACUCCGCCUUAUCGAAUCCGGGCAGCGCGACAAACAGCCUGCGCCUAUACCACCAGCCAAUCGGGAAAGAGCUAUACCCCGCUGGCGGUUUUUGGGAGGUAGCAAGGGCUUGGGUCAUCCUGCGUCGACAAUCCGUCCGUGGUCCUUGCAUUCGAAUGGCGUCUCGCACGCUACAGGAUUGGCAGCAGGAAGUAGACGAGCUCCCACUACAGUUCUCGAUAAUCAUCAGCUAUAUUUGGAUAUCAGCUGACUGGCCGAGCUGAUCCGUAGCUUUCGCUGCACUGUGAGGAGAGAGAGAGAGAGUUAAACAUUUUUCUUUUAUUCUAACGAAGUCCUAAACAGUUUCCGUUCUACAUAUUACAUUUGCGUUACAAGCCUCGCACCUGCGUGCUAUGUUUACGCAACUAUGCACCGAAUCAAACGAUGGACCAAGUGCCUUAACCAUCACCUUCCCCGUAACUACGUCACCUGUGAUGUUAGUCACCAACUUUGGCUAUAUAAUAUACAUGGUUGUGACGUUUCCCGCUAGACUUAAAGUGUAACGAAAUCUGUGCCUUGUGGGGGGAACAGUCCUCCGCCGACGUAAAAUGUUUUGCAUAUGUAAAUGCAUAAGUGUGCGACCUCGUGAUCAGUCACAGUGUUCAAGGUCAUCCUUAAAAAAAAAUGGAAUUCGGGACCCAUACUUGUUGUCCAUUGACUGUGGUACAUAGCGGCUGUUUGCGUUCGCGUUUUUUGAAAGUUUUUACAAUUAUGAAUGUUUAUAAAUGUGUGUAUGUGUGUGCGUGCAUGUGUGUGUUUUAGCUAUGCACGUAUCUUUGCCUCUUGAUGUUAUGGUUGUGUGAAAUGCGCCGGACCCUUCAGUUCUUGGUUGUGUGCAGUGUGAUGCCUGCAAACUACGUCUUCUACGGCAUAGAACAGGGGUGAACGCCGUGCAAAUAGGCGGACCCGGAACCAACAAGUGUUUCUUAAGUUCCAAGGCGUCGCUUGACUCGUAUUUACAUUUCCUUUUUGUGCGUUGUCUAAUUUCCUAACUUGCGGUCAUAUUCUAUGAAAGCGCUCAUCGCGCGAUUUUUUUACUACUUUAUAUUUCUGAAUAAUAUAUAUUACUGCAGCUGUGACGGCUGUGCUCUACGGCUUCACAAUAGUGUCGCCUAAAGUUUAGUGGCUAAUUGGCGUUUUGACCACAACGAGGCUGCUUCACUGUACGGCUCUGUUUUGCUGUUCGUAUUCAUGUACGGUAAACUCUGCGCCUGCCAUUGACGACUCACUACUGUGACGUCCGGACGAUGCGUGAAGUGCCAGCCGUCUCGGAUUUUUACACACUUUUGAGGUCUCGAAUAUUUUUGUGGUUGCGAUUUAUCUGUGCUCAAAGUGCCUUCGUAAAGCUUCAUCGAUGUAUCCAGAGAUCCGUGUUGCCUCCCCGGGCCAUUUAUUUCACUUAGCAGAUGGGUGACAGCAGACGACAGUCAGCGCUAACCGACAGAAGUACGCCGAUUACAACUGCAAUUGAGCGUUGACGCUAUCGUCGAUCGAAGCGGUCUGCUUUCCUGACGAAGAUUUACUCUUCACUUCGUAACUGUAUGUUGUUAAAAAGAGAAGGGUGGGAAGGGGGAGGGAGGGGAAAUACACGCGUGACGUUCUCCUGUAGACUGUGAGGUUUUCGGUUUUUGUAGGCCAGUCAUAUUGUGUGUGUAGACUAACGAAGUGGCAUUCUGUGAAAUUCCGACGAGCAGCACUGUCGGUCUCGUCUGUCUUCGUCUCUCUGUAGGUGUGUGUGUGUGUGUGUCACGUGUAUACCUCCAGAACCAAGCGUUGCUGGCUGCCUUAAUGAAACUACGCAUUGUUGUCUCGGAUGCCCGCGACAAGCCAAUCUACAGAAGCUUUUCGAUAUCAGCGCGGGGUCCACGUGCUUUUUUUUGCGUGUCUUGCUCAACGAGAGUGCCUUCACCAACGUUCGUAUAUAUGCAUAUACUGUGCGCAGCGGAAUCGACCUCGCUAAUGAGGCGAGACUUCCAACACGCGUUUGUAACUUCAACACUACGGUUUUUGUGCUAAACAUCUGUAAUUUUUUUUUGUAUCUGUGUUGUACGCUGCGGGCACCACAGUAUGAGGUUGUUUUCUUUCUUUCUGUCUUUCUUGUGGACCAUAUACUCCUCCUGUUGGCACUUUUGUUUUGUUUUGUUUAAGAGCCGUGCUUCUUUUUUUUUUUUCUCGGCAUUUCCGGUGCCGUUCUGUUUUGGAAACCUUGUUGUUGAUGUGUUCCCUGAUCACGCGGGGAAGGCAACUUGAGUGAAAUCAAAUAAACGUCUAUUUAGAAGUA